AGCUAUCAGGACCACGGACAGCGGCCAGGGCGCGCAGGAGACCGGCCGGCAACCCGGCAGCGCGCACGAAGCCAGGCGGAUGCAGACCUCCACCCCCAGGGAGCACCCGUCCCGGACGCGGAGGGGUGCAUUCCCCCGCCUGAGCUCAGCGGGCCGGAAUGCGACCGAUAAAUGGGAGAUAACCCCUGAGGGCAGGGCCUGCCGGGCUCCCAGGACAGGGAUAAAAGGCCGCGAUUGCCCGAGGACCCCAGAGAGCGCCCGUGGACCGCGAGGACGUGAGACCGGAGCCUCGACACAGACACAGCACAGCGCAGCAGCAGCCGCGGCCACAACCUCUGUCCACUUCUUCGGUGACAUGGACCCCCAGACCGUGCUGCCCCGGGCGCUGCUGCUGUUCUUGUUCUUGCACCUGUCGCCGCUGGGUGGUCGCUCCUCCCCUCUGCCUGGCCCCAGCACCUCCUCGGAUCUGUCGGGAAUGCAGGAGCUGCUGGACGGUCUGCGGGACACAGUUUCGGAGCUGCAGGGAGAGCAGAUGGUCCUGGAGCUGCCCCAGCAGGUCCGAGUCCUGGAAGAAGCCUGGGAGGCCACUGAGGCAGCCUCCUCGGGGGUCUCUGGGCCCCUAGACAGCACUCUCCAGGCCCGGCGAGGACUACGCAGUCCCAAGAUGAUGCGCAACUCAGGCUGCUUCGGGCGGAGGCUGGACAGGAUAGGCUCCCUAAGCGGCCUGGGCUGCAAUGAUGAGGAGACUGCGGCCCAGAGAGAUGGACUACUCUAAAGCCUUGGACAUCAAGAUCAACUGAGGAUGGGGGUGGAGAGCACAGCUGCAGGGAUGGCCCGUGAUAGGGGGAAGCUCAGGUCUCCCCUCCAUCUUCGGCCCUAACACCAACAGCGCCCUCUCUCUUGCCCAACAGUGCUGAGGAGGUAUUAAGAAGAAGUCCUGGCCACAGACGUCUGUGUCUGAUUCUUCAUCACCUCCGAUCCCCUUUGAAGCAAUUUCUAUUUUUAUGUAUUUAUUUAUUUACUUACUUAUUUAUUUGAAUUGUUUUAUAUAAGAUGAUUCUUACCUUUGAGCACACAUUUUCUGUAGUGAAAUAAAGUGUCAACAUUACAACUU